AUGACGUUGAAUUCAUCUACUUUCGUUUUAUGCGCUUUUCUGACCGCUGCCUUUUUUGCGGUAGAAUGUAUUCCGUUCAGUGAGUUUAUCUACGGUAUUCAAAAUCAGCUUUUAAAAAAUAAACAUGAAAUAUGGGGGAGAUUCAAAGUCAGUACUGUUGAGAAAUUUUUUUGUCGGUGAUCUCCGAGCAUUUUCGUUUUUAUUUUCGAGGAAAACCACUUUAAAGCAGACAUUCGGAUGUCUUCAUUGAACGAACACAAAGGUGAACCCUUCCAGAGUGCGACGUUUUGAGUCCACUAAAGAUGAAAGUAGGAAGUACGAUCUUCUUGCCUGCCAAUUCGACAGCACCGGCUCCAAUUCCAGCGAAUUUUUGCUGCACAUACACAGUGAGAAACGAACGCUUCUCAGUAAUAAUGCUUGGAAUAUUCAGUUUUUUGUCCCGAAAGAAUCAUUCCUUCGGCUAUCCGUCAUCAAUUCUCUUCUAGAUACGGACUUUAUCGAAUUCACCGAUUCUGUUGGAUACAAUCGUAACCUAACGAUGUUAGUAUACAGACGAUGUAUACCAUCUCUGGCAUUUCGUUAUUAAUCUAGCGGCGGCCUAAUAAGAUUGAUAUUAUAGGGGCACCGGACAGAAAGGGCGCGCUGUUCGCAAUCUGGCCGAAUUUCUAGGCCGCGAAGUAAUUUUCCACUGAAAAUGUGGCCUAACUUUUCAAACUCGGCCCCGAGGUCACUCAAUUUGCACUGCAAAAAGUUUCUCAACAGAGCGCCAUUUCUGUGCGGUGCCCCUAUAAGAUGACACCUAAUUAGAUUAAUAAAUCUUCUAGCUAUUAUAGGGGCACCGGACAAAAAGGGCGCGCUGUUAGCAAUCUGGCCGAAUUUCUAGGCCGCGAAGUAAUUUUCCACUGAAAAUGUGGCCUAACUUUUCAAACUCGGCCCCGAGGUCACUCAAUUUGCACUGCAAAAAGUUUCUCAACAGAGCGCCAUUUCUGUGCGGUGCCCCUAUAAGAUGACACCUAAUUAGAUUAAUAAAUCUUCUAGCUAUUAUAGGGGCACCGGACAAAAAGGGCGCGCUGUUAGCAAUCUGGCCGAAUUUCUAGGCCGCGAAGUGAUUUUCCACUGAAAACGUGGCCUAACUUUUCAAACUCGGCCCCGAGGUCGCUCAAUUUGCAUUGCAAAAAGAAUUUCUCAACAGAGCGCCAUUUCUGUGCGGUGCUCCUAUAAUAGUUAUUAAUAGAUUAAUAAGUGCUCAAAUCAAGUUUCACGCCAACCGUCUGCUGGCUCAAAUCUCGAUUGCGCCAAGAAAAAACAGUCGAAUCUAAUUAGGUCGCGUUUAGAUCAGUAACUUUCUAAUUAGAUUGAUAUCGAAUUGCCAGAGAUCACAGACUUUCGGAAGGCUUUAGAUCUAGCAUUGCCAACGAGGAGCUUUUUGCAACUACUGGCUACGGUCACGUCAAGAUGUUUUCCGGACCGGAAGGAAACUCAAAGGCUUUGCUUGUUUUUGAGUGGCUCAAGAGUGCGUUUUUCGCUUUCUAAGAAGUUUAGUACAUUCAUUCAGUGCCUAGCUCAAGCUGGUCGGUUAAUCUUCGAAAAAACGAAAGUGGUACAAAUGUUGACUGCAUGGCAAUUCAACAAACACCAAUUACUUUUAUAGCGGAGUUGGGACAGAAAGUAUAUUUGAAAGGCAUACCCAUUUUUGUGUCAAAGUCUGUUCCAGGUCGCACUCAGCAUAGCUCACUCGGGAUAUAUCCUAGAUAAGUUCGACAGUUACUUCAUUUUUGAUGGACCUAAUACAGAUAGCCCAGUGGUUGGGAGGUGCGAAUUUUGAUUAUGGAACACUUCAGAUAGAUGGAACUUGUUCAGAAUGAGCAGGCACGUGAUAGUUCCUUUCAUACCCACGAAUCAGUCAGUCACGAUUAUUGGUCUCACUAGCCAAGUCGUCUACUCAAACAUUAUUGUCAAUAUCCAAUCGAGUGGGCAUUGACACAAGUUCAAACUUCAAAAUUUUGCUCAGAUCUGGCAGAGUAUCGUAAAUACCAGGCAGCAGUUGUCAUAGACCAAUAUGGAGGCCCGCUUGACUCUAUAAAUCAAACGAUAGCAGUUACUUUCAUUGCAAAAGAUGGAAUACAGCUAUACAUCACGUAUUUAAAGUUCAACGAAGUGGUAAGCAGCCACUGUUGAAUUUCACGCAGAUUCUUAUCCUAGGAGGACGAAAAAUGUGAAAUGAGAGUUAUUAGUGAUACGCCAUCUCCUGUUUCCAGACAACUUUUGACCUACACGUGAGAUAUUUCUUCAUGAGUACAUUGCAGUCUCAGAAAAUUGCCCAUCGUGCUCUAUCGCUCUCCACAUGAUUUCAUUGUUAAAUUGGAAAAACACGCAGUCGCGGCCGAGUUUUCACGUUUGAUUGCGGAAGAGCGACAUUGAAAAAGUUCUGCAACGCUAAUACAUCUAUAAGUCUUCAGACCUUCUGCACGUCUGGACAUAAGCUUUCCUCAACAGAUUCCAUCCUCAGUAUUCUCUAUAGAGUUGACAGACUGCUCAAUUUACAUGGUCAUGACAAAAAAUACUCCUGGUAUUCUGCUUCUGAUCAAAUACGCGGUAACCUGAAAGUUGCAGCAAACUUCUUCAUGGUGAAUGACGAAAGAAUUGGUUAUGUGUUCACUCCAAGUUUCUUAAACGAUCAACUUUCUCCAACGUUGAACUUCACUUUGCGUACAAACAGAAUUAACUGCGUUCUCGUAAAAAAAGUUCAUUCAGGUAGUAACGAAACUCUUCACUAUUAUACUGUGGUCGAAUCUGUCAGCGUUGUUGACAAUGAACAGUUGGCAAUAAACGUGUACAACUCAAAAGGAGCUUCAGCGAUGAGUGUAGUGUUAGUCGAGAGGUUAUGACUUCUGCAUUAAAUGUGCGCCAUUAUAGUGUCACGGGAAACCAGACUGGUGGUUCUGCUGAAGCGAUGGGCACGUCCGUGAAUAUAGAUUUUAAUGGAUCUCACGGGCACGGAGAGGCAAAAAUACGGUAUCAUAUUUCGAAAGUAUCAGGUUAGUGUGAGUUCAGGAGGGAUAGCUUAUCAAUUAAAAUUUCACUUCAGAGCACACGACAAGCAUCUUUCUCGUUUUAUUAUUUUUUGUUAUCUCAAUUACUCAGUAG